ACUCAGUGCCUGCUCCAAUAUAAACGGACACGCACGCUCACACUACUCCAUACGAACUUCAUAACAGUGAUAGACAGAUAGUCCAAAGUUCGCCUAACGUCGGUGGAACUGCAAUAAAAUUAAAUUAAAGUGCUUGUGAAUUAAUUAAGAAUGUUUCCUCUCAGACAAGUUUUAAGCCAUGCCAAGAGAGUGGUGCCAGGUUUUAGGGCUAUGUCCAGUUCAGGACCUCUGGUGGACACAGCUGUGGACGGCGAGGGCAUAGCAACAGUUACUAUGCAGAGGUUACCAGUAAACAGUCUGAAUUUAGACCUUCUUCGUGAUUUAAGUAAAGCUUUAGACGAUGUCGCGGAUAAGAAAUGCAAAGCAAUGAUCUUAACAUCUGCUUCCCCAACAGUAUUCUCAGCCGGUCUGGACAUUAUGGAAAUGUACAAACCUGAUAUGAAGCGAGUUGAAGAGUUCUGGACGACCCUUCAACAAGUGUGGGUCAAACUCUUUGGUGCCAACUUUAUUACAGCUGCCGCUAUUAAUGGCCACGCCCCAGCUGGUGGCUGUCUUCUAUCCAUGUCCUGCGAGUACCGCGUCAUGAUGAGCGGCAAGUUCAGCAUCGGUUUGAAUGAGACAGCCCUGGGCAUCGUCGCGCCGACGUGGUUCAUGCACACCAUGACGAACACUAUUCCUCAGAGGCAGGCUGAGAUCGCACUAACUACAGCCAAAAUGUUCUCCGUUGAUGAGGCUCUGAAGGUCGGCCUCAUCGACGAAGUAGCGUCAGACAAAGCGGACGCCGUAGCCAAAUGCAAGCAAUUCGUGAAGAAGUUUGACAAGAUCCCCGCUCUAGCGCGCUCUAUGACCAAACAGAAGAUAAGGGCAGGCCCGCUCAGGUGGAUGGACGAAAAUGCUGACCAGGACCUUCAAGAGUUCCUCAUGUUUGUAGGCCACCCCAAAGUUCAGAAGUCAUUAGAAAUGUACGUACAGGCGUUGAAAAAAAAGUCUGCUGCUAAGUAGGUUAUAAUAGUCAUGACCAGAUUUUGUAGACGAAAAAGAUGAAAAAAGCUUUGUAACCAAAAUUAGUCAAGGGUUCCGAAUGCAUUGAAUAUUUUGAAUCAGGAAAUCUAACAUUAUCUCUUAUAAAUAGGAAGCGAGAUGGACGUUCUACAUAAUGUAGAGCGGUGUCCCUCUUUCACAACUCCUAAGUGAGUUUUUGCAAGAUGUGAUGGUAGGCUCCCUGAUCUCCUGUCCCGUUGUGUCCGUUUCCAAUGAUCGAAAUCAGAUUAGGAGAUUAUAUUUUUACAAAUGAACCGUCUGGUUCUACUUUAGUUACAAUAUUUACCCCGUUACUAGAAAUAGUAGGUAUUCUAAUCAACUCAAAGAUGUGUAUAAUUUUAUUGAAGUUUGUGUGAGUUCCAUUGUAAACAGUUUAUUGUUUAAAUAAUGAUGUAUUAUAGGAAUGUGUAAA